AUGCGCUCGAUGCACCCCAACCUCCCCACAUUCCCGGGGACACAUUCGCAGCGGGCCGGGGCUGCUCCCCAGAAUCCAACAAGAACCCCGGUAUUACGAACUGAUAUAGGACCCCCUCCAGGCACUAAUAUCAAACACCGGCUCCCCGGUUCCCCCAGGGCGCCCCGCGAUGCCUCACACCGGACCACCCCGGGUCCCCCCACGUCGUUCACAGCACCGCCCCCGGUGCCGCCGACUCCGUUACGAAACGCGGCCGGGGCGGGGCGGCGCGGCGGCGGCGGCAGCCAAUGGCGAUCCCGGCGGCCCUCGAUUCGGCGGAGGGGGCGUCGUACCGCCGAGCUCCGGCACCGCAGCGUUCCGCCGGGCGCCCCGGGGCAGAACGGGCUGAGCCUCUGCUAUGCGGCCCCGAGGUCGUCUCGGCGUUCGGAGGCUAUAGCCAUGAGCAGAGACCCUUCCACCUCUUCCACCCCACCCCGGGUGGGCAGCCCCAUUCCGCAGCCCCUCGGGAGCGCGGAGGUGCUGCGCUGCCCGUCCUGCCGCCUCCUCCUCUGGGAGCCGGUGACCGUAUCGUGCGGGCACUCCUUCUGUAAGCCGUGCCUCGGCGGGGCCGUGCCCUCCCGCUGCCCCGUGUGCCAUCGCCGGCUGAAGCUGUUGGGCGUCGAGUCGGUGAGAUGCAACGUGGUGCUCUGUAACCUGCUGGAGAAGUGCGAGGAGAGGGGGAGCCGCUCAGCCAGGCUGGCAGCACGCAUCCGGAGUCGUCUUGCCCGUGGGGACCUGCAGGAUGCUCUGAGGAUGGCCCAGAAGGGCAUUGAGAUGGUCCUGGAGGACACAUCCCUGCGUCUGUGCCGGGCAGAGGCCUUGGCAGCCCUGGGGCGGUAUUCAGAGGCGCUGCAGGACCUGGAAGCCGUGUGCAGGGCUGAGCCCAUGGAGUGCGAGAGCUUCUACAGGAAAGGGAAGGUGCUCCUGGAGAUGGGACGGAGAGCCGAAGCCCUGCUGGCAUGGGAGCACUGCCUGAUGCUCAGUCCUUGCUUCCAGCCUGCGCAGAGAGAGAUGGAGAAGGUCCUCACAUGGGAGGAUGCUCCUCAGUCAUGUGCUGCCCACCAGGGCUCAUCCGGUCCCCAGGAAGAGCAGGAUGAAGGGGAUCCUGCAUCCUCCUCCACACAAGCUCAGGAACAGGAGGAGGAGCUGGAGGCUGGCAGGGGUGAUGUGGUGGCUGAGCAUGGCCAGGGAACACCCGUGGGACAACAGAGAAUUCCAGGGGCUGCAGCACAGAGGGAGGACAGGCAGGAAGCUAAUGAAGAGGAAACAGCAGCAAUGAGUAACCUGCUGCCCCUUGAGGACCUGCUGAGCAUUUCUGACUUGGAGUGCUCCCUCUGUAUCAGGAUGUUCUUUGAGCCGGUGACGACGCCAUGUGGACACACCUUCUGCAAGGAGUGCCUGGAGCGCUGCCUGGACCACCGGCCCAACUGCCCGCUCUGCAAGCAGAGCCUGCGAGAGUACCUGAAGGCAGGGAGUUACAGCCCCACACUACUGCUGCAGGACAUCAUGCUGGCUGCCUUCCCUGCACAGCUGGCUGAGCGCCGUGAGCUGCACCGGGCUGAGAUGGCUGAGCUCUCCAACCUGACCACGAACAUCCCCAUCUUUGUGUGCACGAUGUCCUUCCCUGGUGUGGCCUGCCCCCUGCACAUCUUUGAGCCCCGCUACCGCCUGAUGAUCCGGCGGUGCCAGGAGACUGGCACCAGGAGGUUUGGCAUGUGCAUAUAUGAGAAUGGGAAAAGCUUUGCAGACUAUGGCUGCAUGCUGGAGAUCCGGCAGCUGGAGCUCCUGGCAGACGGCAGGUCGCUGGUGGAUACCAUCGGUGGGCGAAGGUUCCGGGUGCUGAGACGUGGACACAGAGAUGGCUACAACACAGCUGACAUUGAGUACCUGGAGGACAAGAAGGUGGCUGGGGAGGAGCUGCAGGAGCUGCAAAGCCUGCAUGAAAGCACCUACCAGCUGGCACAGAGGUUUUGGGACCACGGGGACGUUGCCUCCAGGCACCUUUUGUUGCAGCAUGGGCCACUGCCAGAGAAGGAAGAGGACAUCCAGGCUUCUGCUGAUGGCCCAACCUGGUGCUGGUGGCUGAUCUCCAUCCUGCCCCUUGACCCAUCCUUCCAGCUCAGGCUCUUCUCCAGCACCUCACUGCAUGCCCGCCUGGCCCAGUUGCAGCGUGUCCUUCUGGCCCUGCUGCAGCCCUCUCCUGAGCACAGCCCCCAGGGCCUCAUCUGAUCCUCCAAACUCUUUGCACGGGAGAAUGCAGCCCCUUGGGUUUCUUCACCAUUUCUUUGUGGUUUGAGAGUCCUACCAAAAGCAACCUUAGCAAGAUCAGUGCUGCUGCCAGCAGUGACUCAGUGCCAUCCAUGCUGUUCCCCUACGCGGUGGUUGGUGGCACUGGAGUGACAUAGAUUUGCCAUACCACAAGAGGAGACCAUGCCAGAAAGGUGGGUUGUGCCUUUAGAAGCCAAAAUCCCUUGCUGAACUACUUUGGCCUUAAGGUGGACCAUCCUUAGGGCAGAGGACUGAGUGCUGGGGCUCAUCCUCUCUGAAAGGUAGGGCUUUGGGUAGAGGUCCUGCUGCACGUGGCAGGAGGUAUAAAGUCAUGGAAGAUGUGACACAGCCCUGUUGGCUUUUUCCAGCCUCAGCAGCUGGAAGCUCAGCCUCUGGGUGAGAGUUGGACAUAAUUUCUAAUGAGAAAAAGAAGAAAAAUUCAAUGAAAUUAUCUGAAAUCCAUGAUUCCAUUCUCUCCGCCAGGCAGCAGGGCUCUGGAUACUCACUGCUGAUGGAAGAAUGAAGCUCAGCAGUGAUUUGUGUGACUUUCUGCCUCUCGAGCAGUGUGAUUUCACUAUGUUCAGCGUUUCUUUGUGAACUUUCUGCCUCCUUAGAAUAAAGGAGCAGAGGCUAGGUCCUUGACUGUAGAACUUGGGACAGCUCAGGGCCUCCUGAAGCAGCCCACAGUGAAGUCAAAGGGAACCAGUGGCUGAUGCUGUGAACCCUGUGCAGGGGAGCAAGUGCCUGGCUGCAAGUGCCUGAUUGCUUGUCUCCAUCUAAAGGGAAAAAAUUACUCCCUCUCCCCAGGCAGGGGAGGCUUUGCUCUGUUUUGGAAUUUUCAUGUCCCCUUCAUAAUUUCAGUGGCUUUAGGUGAAGGAUUAAUAUCUACCUACUGCGUUAAGGGAUUAAAAUUUUUCACCACUUCAUCCCUGGGGCUCUGUGUGGGGGGGGUGGAGCAGCACUGCCUUUUGAGAAGUGCCUUUCUUUUCUGCAGGGUGGGUUGAGCCACCCCCAUGACCACCAUGGGUCCCUCUAUGGCUCUGGUCUAUGUCUGCAAUGGGCACUGGAGCCACAUCUGCAUGGUGUACUACAGGAAGGGACUCAUGCAAACUGCUCCAGUUCGCUUAGAGUGCCUUUGGGGGUUGUGUUAGUGUCCUCUCUUUUAAUUAUUUGUUCUUUAUCAUCGUUGAAAUAAAGAUGUUUUGUUGGUGGUGUCUG